GGUAGUUUGAAACUAAAUACUCAUCAUAUCCCACUUACAAUAUUUUGAAAGUCCUGUUUGACUUUUCAACUCUACUUACUGCAUAACAUGCCGAUCCUACAACUUCUGAGGACUUUAUUUGGGUGAACAUCUGAGGACUAAUAAUGGAAGUUUGUUUUUUGGAUCUCUCAACGGCUACACUUGCUGUGGAUGCAUAUUAAUUUUCGGACUCUUUACUCAUUUCCUAUAUGAAGGAGUUUUUGGACUUUAGAUGCUAUGUUGUUGAAAGACGUGCUAGAUUCAAACUUUUACAAGCUCAAGAGAGAUACCAUAUUGUUGAGGGCAUCCUAGUUGGUCUUGAUAAUUUGGAUUCGGUGAUUGAUUUAAUCAAAAAAGCUCCAACCAAUGCACUUGCAGCUGCUAAUUUGAUGAAAGAUUUUAAACUGUCAGAAAAACAAGCUGAUGCUAUAUUGGAUAUAAGCCUAAGGAGGCUCAAUGCAUUAGAGAGACAUAAGUUUGUUGAUGAAGGGAAAUCUUUAACAGAACACAUUUUCAAGCUACAAGAACUUCUCUCUAGCAGAAAAAAAAUACUCCAGUUAAUUGAAGACGAAGCGGUUGAAAUAAAAAACAAAUUUUCCUCUCCUCGGCGUUCGAUGCUGGUGGAUUCGGGUACUGGUGAAGUUGGAGAAAUUGAUAUUAUCCCAAAUGAUGAAAUGCUUCUGGCAGUCAGUGAGAAGGGAUAUGUUAAGAGGAUGAGUCCCGAUACAUUUCACCUCCAACACCGUGGGACAAUUGGGAAAUCAGUUGGUAAAUUAAGGGUAAAUGAUACAAUGUCUGAUGUCCUUGUUUGUCAUGCCCAUGAUCAGGUCCUAUAUUUUAGUGAUAAAGGUACUGUGUAUUCUGCUCCUGCUUACAAGAUACCAGAGUGUAGUAGAGCUGCUGCAGGAACCCCCUUAGUCCAGAUAUUGUCUUUGUCUGAUGGUGAAAGAAUAACUUCAAUAAUUCCUUUGGAUGAGUUCACGGAGGAUCAAUAUCUUAUGAUGCUUACUGCAAAGGGUUAUAUAAAGAAAGUGUCUUCAAACUUUUUCUCAUCUAUCAGGUCAACAGGAAUAAUAGCGAUUCAAUUGGUCCAUGGCGAUGAACUCAAAUGGGUGAAGUGUUGCACUAAUGAUGAUUUUGUAGCAAUGGCUUCCCAAAAGGGAAUGGUUAUUUUGAGUCCUUGCGAGAGUAUAAAAUCUCAAGGAAGAAACACUCGGGGCUCAGUAGCUAUGAGGAUGAAAGAAGGGGAUAAAAUUGCCAGUAUGGACAUAAUACCAGCUGCUUUGUUGAGUGGCUUCGGGAAAGUUUCAGAUGCUUUUGAAAGCCAUAGGAGCGCAAAUGGUCCAUGGCUGCUCUUUGUGUCUGAGAGUGGUUUAGGAAAGAGGGUCCCCCUCACCAGUUUCCGCACAUCACGUUUGAACAGAAUUGGUUUAAUAGGUUACAAGUUUUCAUCUGAAGAUCGGCUUGCAGCAGCAUUUGUUGUUGGAUUUUCUCUGGGAGAUGAUGGUGAAAGUGAUGAACAAGUUGUUCUCGUAAGCCAGAGUGGAACUGUGAACAGGAUAAAAGUUCGGGACAUAUCUAUUCAAUCACGGUUUGCAAGAGGAGUUAUUUUGAUGCGGCUUGAUCAGGCUGGAAAGAUCCAAUCGACUUCUUUGAUCUCAGGAGUGGAUUCAGAUUCUGAUGGAAGUGAAGAAGUCAUUGUUGUUCCUAUUGCUGGUGCUUCAUAGGACUUGGGCAUUCACUCCACCUUUCCAUUGUUCUUGUUUGCUGCACAUGGUUGACUUUCUAAAGUAGUUCUCUGCUCAUGGACAAUUUCCCUAUAGCAGGGAGAGGACAUUGAUGUGGUUACGGGUAAGAUGCAAUCAUUUGAAAUAGGGUUAGGGGUAAAGUUAUACCAGUUACCAAGGUUUUGUAGCUAACAUUUGCAUCCUGGAAUUUGAGUACGAUGAGAUAUUAAUUUUUUUGGUGGCUAUCCAGGACUAUUUUAUUUG